AUAAACCUUAUUUUAUGAAACAUUAUAAGAAAAAAUUUGCUAAAAGACUACUUUAUCAUCAUGAUGACAAAAACUUUAAUCUUUCGAAUGAAGAGUGGAUUUUGUCAUUAUUUAACAGGGCAAAUAUAAUAGAUAAUUUAUAUGGGAUGAUUAAAGACAUCCAUGAAUCAAUUGGAAUAAAAAAAGAUUUUGAUAUUUUUAAUCAUCUCAAAGUAACAAUAUUAACAGGGUCCUAUUGGCCAAAAUUUAUCACUGGACCAUCGCCUGAAGUUGCUGAUCUAAAAAUACCAUAUGAAUUGUUCUUGAUGAGAAAAUCAUUUCAAGAUUAUUUUUAUUGUAAGAGAAGAGAUGGUGCUAAUAGAAAUCUUAAAUGGUUACAUUCCUAUGAUAAUCUAAUUAUUUCUUUAAUUCAUCCAAAGGGAAAAAUGUACUUUAGUAUAAAUAUGUGCAUGUUUAUAAUAUUGGAAAUGUUCAACUAUACAAGAUCAUAUCAAAUAUCAUACACUAUUCGUGAAAUUAUGAAAAAUACCGAAUUAGUAUUAAAAAGUGCUUUAAGUUCGUUGAUAUUUGGUGAAAUUAAAUUGUUGAAUAAAUUUGUGAAUUCAAAGAGAUUAAAUUUAUCUGAUGCUAUUUUUAUUAACGAAAACUUAAACUUCAUUGAAUCAACUGUUGACAAUCCAAUAAUAAUUGAUGAACGAAAAUCACAAAGACAGAUAUCAACAUCAGAGGAUGUUCAAAUCUCUUCUUAUAAUAUAUCCAAUGAAAUAAGGAUAGAUUCAAGGAUAAUGAAAUUAAUGAAAUUACAUAAACGUUACCAACAUAAUAGUUUUGUUGUUGGGUAUGGUGAAUAUGGCGAAUAUGGCGACGUUACUCCUACUGAUUAUUGGGAGGAAGAUGACAAUGAUUGUGGACAUGAAUAUUCAUGUACAAAUUCAAAAUUACACCCAUAUAAUAAUCUUUGUGACAUUACUCAUAAGGUGGUGAUUCAUGGUGUAAAGGCCAUUACUCAUGACGUAAAGGCCAUUGCCAUUACUCAUGGUGUUGAGUCUAUUGCUCAUGGUGUUGUUGAGGAUAUUAUUGUUGGAAAUGGAAGAAGCAGUAGUGGUAGUGGUAAUUGGUGA